AGGUGAAGUUAUGGCGGCUGGAAUACAUCAGUGGCUGAAUAAAUGGUUGGGUCCGCUCGGCUUCCAGUGUGACCCGUUCAAGAUUGGUUGGUACAAUGCUGUCGUACAGCCCUCUUUUCACCUUCAGUAUCAAGAUGACACAUUGGCCUUUGUUGUCCUCAGUACACCUCAGAUGUUCGAAAAAGCCUUCAAACCUUUCAUUGCAGAGAAGACAUUAACCUCUAUUCGGGACCCAAUAGAUGAGUGUGUUGUUCAUUAUUUUUCACUUCUGAAGAAUGAUUUUUCUGAUCACAGGAUUGAAGCCAUCCAUGACUUUGAGAUGCUUCCAAAUCGAAAGCCAAAGAUUUUGGCACAGACAGCUGCACAUGUGGCUGGAGCAGCCUAUUAUUAUCAAAUGAAGGAUGUGCAGCAAAACCCCUGGGGAGAAAAAGUAAGGAAAAUGUAUGGAGUCUGCAUUCAUCCACGCUACGGGGGCUGGUUUGCAAUACGAGGAGUCCUGAUAUUCCCAGAUGUCCAGGACCAAGACCUUGAGCAGAGGCUGCCUGUAGACUGUGUGUCAACAAAUGAGAAAAAGAUCCAGUUACUUGAAAGGUUUAACUUUAACUGGCAAGAUUGGACCUACAGAGAUAUCAUUGAUGUAGAGGAGAGGUACUCUGAAGAACAAAAGCAGUACUUUGCUACACCACCUGCUGAAAGAUUUAAACUCCUUGGAUUGAAAGGUGAUGCUUCUGGAGAUGAUCAGCAAACCACAACACAUGGAGGUUUUUAAUCUGUCCAGAUUACAGAAAGCCCAGAUUACAACAUUUGGUGAAGGGAAAGUAAUAGAGAGACUGUUAACUAUUUAGCUGCUGGAUAAAUAAAUCUUGGGAAUUAUUUUUGUGGAUGGGAUAAUUUAUGUACUCAACAUUUUAUGCCAUAAUAUAUAGUUUUAUAACAUUUUAUAAAAAGUAUGGUUU